AUGGAUGAUAGCCAGGAAAGCGAGUGGGACAGAUUUGAGGCUGGUACCGAUGUAAAUACCGGUGGAGAAGGACAAUAUGGCUCCACCGGUACAGGUGAAGCUUCGAGCUCAAAAACGAAAGCAAAGAACGAUGGAGCUGUCAAUGUUGACGAGCCUGUCGUUAUAUUCCGCCGGGAAGACAGAACAAAAACGGUUGGGGACAGCCUAGCUCACGCUCACCAUCGGAUCCUCAAGGCCAGUCUUCUGCUAAAGCACUCGAAAACCUUCCAUAAUCUUUUGGAGGCCGCGAAGAAUCCCAAUAGCGCCUUUGACCCCGAAAAUAGACUCUGCUGCCGUGUUUCCGUACGUUUCCGAAACGGCGCGGAAAGGAAGACCUGGUCAAUCUUUCUCAACAACACUAUCCAGUAUUGCGCCGAUAACUUCGGAGACGAAAACGCGAGGCUGAUGUUGGCAUUCACACCCAAUACCCAGACCAGCGAUCCACUUACGGUCUGGGAGCUACUUAGCGAGUGGUUCUCCUGGUGCCUGAAAUCUGAGAAGCCGGCGCAGCUCGAUUGCCCUUGGCGGAAAGAGAAGCUGCUUAUUGUUUCAAGGUUCAUUCAGGCGGAUAAGGAGUGGAUUGAUGCAGUGGAGGCUCUCCAUGUUCGGGCGAAGGUGUACAUGGACGAGGAGCAGGAUCUUGAUUAUGCGAAACACAAGCACCCCGAUUGGGUGAGAGAUAAUGAUCCCAUGAAGUACGGAAGGAUGCGGCCAGAGUCUAAGGUCUGGAAGAGCAAAAAGAAAGCGGCAAAGGAGUGA